UCUUCGAAUCCUGUUCGAUCAUCCUACAACUUUUUGCUAAAUCUCAGCUGAUUACUCGUAAUUAUUUUAAUUGCUGUGUAUCACUUUUUUCACAACUUUAUAACAGUUUACAAAUAAGAACUAUUUGAAACCACGAAAUAACUUUAACCUGACGAGAAAUAACGGCGGUUGAAAGUUUGGCUGUAGGGAAGUUGUUUUGUGCCACAUUGUGAAAUAUUCGAGAAUUUUGCAAGGAGGUCGAUUGGUACGAGAUCCACUUAACAAGAUGACUGAAUUACCGAAACUUUCCUGUUCCAUGCGUGCCAACACGGAUUUGGACAUUAAUCGUGAGCUAUCAAACCGGCCGGAAGAUAGGCCUGCUUUGCAGAUAUUUCGAACCAAAGAGGCUCGAAGUGGAGUUUCGUGGAAAGAAUUGAAACUGUUUAUCAACAAACAAAUGGAAACUAAGGUAGCUUCACGAGUAACCAAUCAGCUGCGAGAAUUGUGGGCCUACUGUCGAGAAAUGUUGGGAAGUGAAGAAAAUGCUGCGCUAGUAGACGAUGCUGCGAUAUUCAUCCUGCGGCUAUUUAUAGAUCAAAAAAUUGUUAUGCUGAAGCACACUUCACGUAUCAAGAAGAUGUUUGGCCAAGUACCGAAUGCUCUAAUCAACAAAAUGUGCCAGGUUGUCAAUGAAAUAAGCAGCCACCUGAACGAAGACUGUCGUAAAUACCUUGAAGAGACUGACAGUACCCAGGAUAGUGAAUCGAAACAGAUCUGGGGAAUGCAUAUCAAAUGUAGUGUGCCCGAUGGUUUAAGGAAUGACUUUAGUUUGUUAACUGAUCUUUCGCCUGCGCAACCCGCAGAGGCCAAAUCAGCAGUCAGCUUCUCAAUGAAGUACGAUAGUCAAAAGCAACAGCAGUUACCACAGCCGUGUUCCAGUUCUUCCAGUGCGGCAGAUGAAAAGUACACUCGAGCCUGGCUAGCGAAACGAAUGCUUCCAGAGUUGAUCGAUAAUUUGGUGGAGUUGUUGAAAUCUCCAAAAACGAACGACGAACUUCAGAAUGAACUUUUCGAUUACUUGGGAUUUGAUAUGUUUGAAUUGAUCGAAGAGGUGCUUCAGAAUCGGAAGCAUAUAAUAGAGAGAGUAAAGGCGAUGGCGCAAAUUAAUGUUUUCAAGGAAAAGGCUGUUAAAAAGUUAGAAGCUAUGCAACACGCGCCUGCUUAUCUAAUGCCAGUUAUGAUCCAAUCUGAAUCGGAAAAGCAACUUCGGAAACAGGUGAAUAAGGAGGAGAAAAAACUGAAAAAGUUUCUCAAUGCCGUUGGUGGGGUGGAGGAAGAAGAGGAAGAACUGGAUCCAAUGAAGAUGAGACUGAACUAUCAACAAAGUUUGCUCAUAGCAGCCCAAAUGACUCCGUUGCUGGAUGAUAGACCUCCGCGGACAAUGGCGCCGAAGCCUCCCAAGCCGGUUAAGUAUCCAAACGUAUACGACUCGUACAGCGAAGCUAAGGCGCACGUGGGGUUUAUCGCCGGUGGUAAAUUGCUGUUGCCAGAUAAUGUUGAACGAAAUGACAACAAACUGUACGAAGAGGUUAAAAUUCCAGCAACAGAUCCACCGCCGCUCUCGAUUGGAAACAAUCGUAUUCUUGUGAGUUCAAUGGACGAGAUUAGUCAAAUAGCAUUCAAAGGUUGCAAAGAGCUCAAUCGGAUCCAGAGUAUAGUUUAUCCGGCCGCCUACCAUAGCAACGAGAAUUUGCUGGUAUGUGCCCCUACCGGAGCCGGUAAAACUAAUGUCGCCAUGUUGACAAUCGUGAACACUAUUCGGCAAUACGUGGACCAGGGAGUCAUUCACCGUGAUCAAUUCAAAAUUGUUUACGUUGCACCUAUGAAAGCACUCGCCGCUGAAAUGACCAGUAAUUUUGGCAAAAGACUCGCUCCUCUAGGAAUAUCCGUUCGAGAACUAACUGGCGAUAUGCAACUGACUAAAACAGAAAUGCAGCAAACUCAGAUGAUCGUGACUACGCCAGAAAAGUGGGACGUCGUAACAAGAAAAGGCGCUGGUGAUGUCGCAUUCAUUAGUCUUGUGAAGCUGCUCAUCAUCGAUGAGGUCCACUUGUUGCAUGGAGAACGUGGUCCCGUGGUGGAGGCGCUGGUCGCACGUACGCUUCGACUGGUAGAAUCUUCCCAGAGUAUGAUUCGGAUCGUGGGUCUGUCUGCUACUCUGCCGAACUACAUUGACGUCGCCCGGUUCCUACGGGUCAAUCCGAUGAUUGGUCUCUUCUUUUUCGAUUCCCGCUUUCGACCGGUACCUCUGAGUACCGAUUUUAUCGGAGUUAAAUCACUGAAGGCUCUUCAACAAAUGGCCGACAUGGAUACGAUCUGCUACGAUCGCUGUAUCGAUAUGGUACGUCAGGGACACCAGGUGAUGGUGUUUGUGCAUGCACGAAACGCAACAGCUCGGAUGGCAACUGUCAUUAAGGAGUUUGCCCAGCAGAAGGGUCACAUCCAGUUGUUGACCCCCGACAGUAAUCCGGACUAUGGGAAUGCAAUUAAAGCAAUGUCAAAAAGUCGCAACAAGCAGCUAGUUGAGCUGUUUCAGAACGGACUGGCAAUGCAUCACGCUGGAAUGUUGCGACAGGAUAGGAAUCUUGUGGAGAAGUACUUUGGCGAUGGAAUCAUUAAGGUCCUUGUGUGCACAGCAACUCUCGCCUGGGGUGUCAACCUACCGGCUCACGCGGUCAUCAUCAAGGGUACGGAGAUCUACGACUCCAAGCAUGGUACCUUCGUCGAUUUGGGCAUUCUAGAUGUGCUGCAAAUUUUCGGACGUGCUGGGCGACCUCAGUUCGAUAAAAGCGGUGUCGGUACGAUUAUCACGACGCAUGAUAAGCUGAACCAUUACUUGUCGCUUUUGACGAACCAGUUUCCGAUCGAGUCGAACUUUAUCCAAUGCCUGGCGGAUAACUUGAACGCCGAGGUUACGCUCGGUACAAUUAGCAACAUUGACGAGGCUAUUGAGUGGCUCAGUUAUACGUAUCUGUUUGUACGGAUGCGGAUGAAUCCGCAGUGCUACGGUUUAAACUAUCAGGAUCUGCAGGAUGAUCCGAUGUUGGAGGGGAAAAGAAGGCAAUUGAUUAGUACAGCUGCAAUGGCUCUGGAUAAGGCCCGAAUGGUUAGGUAUAACGAGCGAACGGGUGACUUAAAUGUAACGGAUUUGGGAAGGACGGCUUCGCAUUUCUACAUCAAGUACGAUACAGUGGAAGUAUUCAACGAGAUGCUAAAACCCAUUAUGAACGAAGCGGAUAUUAUAGCGAUGAUGUCAAAUGCGCAAGAAUUUGAACAGUUGAAAGUGAGAGAUGAUGAGAUGGAUGAGUUGGACGAUUUGACCCGAGUCUGCUGUGAAGUACCGGUUCGAGGUGGCAGCGAGAAUAUCCAUGGGAAGGUGAACAUAUUGAUGCAAACUUAUCUGUCCAAGGGAUGGGUAAAAUCGUUUUCUCUGAUUUCGGAUAUGUCUUACAUCACACAAAACGCGGUAAGGAUAGCGCGAGCGUUGUUUACUAUCGUUCUUCGGCAGAACAAUCCGAUUCUCGCAGGAAGGAUGUUGAACAUUAGUAAAAUGUUCGAGAAGCAGAUGUGGGAGUUUAUGACACCCUUGCACCAGUUUCCAAUACUACCAAUGGACGUGAUAGAAAAGAUCGAACACCGAGGCCUUAGUAUUCUAGCUUUGAGGGAUAUGGAUCAGCAGGAAAUCGGUGAAAUGGUGAGAAAUCAUCGUCACGCAGCAGUGGUGAAGCGAUGUGCUGAAGAAUUUCCACUGUUGGAAAUUGAAGCAACACUGCAACCAAUUACGAGAACAGUCUUAAGAAUUCGUAUAUUCAUCACACCUUCCUUCAAGUGGAAUGACCGUGUUCAUGGAAAGACUGCCGAAUCAUUCUGGAUCUGGAUUGAAGACCCGGAAAGUAAUUUUAUUUAUCAUUCCGAGUAUUUCCAGAUGACUAAAAAACAAACCAUCCGAAAAGAAGUACAAGAACUGGUUAUGACAAUCCCAUUGAAAGAUCCUUUACCGCCACAGUAUUACAUAAGAGCUACUAGCGACACCUGGCUCGGAAGUUCUAACUUGAUUCCGUUAUCUUUCAAACACCUUAUUUUACCGGAAGUUCACCCGCCUCAUACAGAACUCCUCCCACUGCAACCGUUACCAGUGACGGUUCUAAACAAUCGAAAGUUUGAAUCUCUGUAUACUUUCACUCAUUUUAAUCCCAUUCAGACUCAGAUUUUCCACUGUCUGUAUCACACUGACAACAACGUCCUGCUAGGAGCUCCCACAGGUUCUGGUAAGACAAUUGCUGCGGAAAUUGCAAUGUUUCGGGUGUUUAAAACUCUACCGAAGGGAAAAGUAGUUUACAUCGCGCCUCUCAAAGCACUAGUCAAGGAACGCAUAGAUGACUGGAAAAUAAGAUUGGAGAAGAAACUAGGUAAAAAGGUCGUCGAACUGACCGGUGAUGUUACUCCGGAUAUUAAGGCAAUACGUGAGUCACACGUAAUCGUCACCACACCGGAAAAAUGGGACGGAAUCAGUCGAUCCUGGCAGACGCGUGACUACGUGAGGGAUGUUGCUCUGAUUGUUAUUGAUGAAAUCCAUCUUCUCGGAGAAGAUCGAGGCCCGGUGUUGGAAGUGAUUGUUUCUCGGACCAACUUCAUCGCUUCUCAUACUGAGCGUACGCUACGAAUUGUUGGAUUGUCCACUGCUUUGGCGAACGCUCGUGAUCUUGCCAACUGGUUGGGAAUUGGAAUGAUGGGUUUGUACAAUUUUAAACCCUCAGUCCGUCCGGUACCAUUAUCUGUGCACAUUCAAGGAUUCCCGGGAAAGCACUACUGUCCUCGAAUGGCUACCAUGAAUCGACCAGCAUUUCAAGCCAUUCGUCAGUAUUCGCCCUGCACUCCGGCUUUGAUUUUUGUAGCAUCUCGUAAGCAGACUCGUAUCACCGCACUGGAUUUGAUCGCGUUCUUGGCCGGAGAAGACAAUCCGAAACAGUUCCUGCACCUCCCGGAACAAGAAUUAGACCAGAUUCUGAUGAACAUCAAAGAUAACAAUCUAAAGCUAACAUUGGCGUUCGGCAUAGGGAUUCACCAUGCUGGUUUACAAGAGCGAGAUCGAAAAACCGCCGAAGAACUAUUUCUCCAUAGAAAGAUCCAGGUACUGAUAGCUACUGCCACUUUGGCGUGGGGUGUCAAUCUUCCCGCCCACUUGGUAAUUAUCAAGGGAACUGAGUUCUUCGAUGGUAAACUGAAGCGAUAUGUCGAUAUGCCAAUCACGGAUGUGCUGCAGAUGAUGGGUCGUGCUGGGCGACCGCAGUUCGGAAACGAAGGAAUUGCUUGUGUGUUCGUACACGAUGUAAAGAAGAACUUCUACAAAAAGUUCCUAUACGAUCCGUUCCCGGUGGAAUCGAGUCUUUUGCAAGUGUUACCCGAUCACAUAAAUGCGGAAAUUGUUGCCGGCACCGUUCAGACGAAACAGGGUGUGUUGGACUAUUUAACGUGGACGUACUUCUUCCGUCGGCUACUGCGGAAUCCGGCCUAUUACGAGUUGGAGAACAUCGAACAAGCUGAGGUCAAUCAGUUUCUUUCGACGCUGGUUCAGAAGGUUUUGGACACCUUGUUACGAGCCGGCUGUAUUGAGAUAGAUGUAGAUGAACGCGGAUUGAUCCCCACAUCAAUGGGAAGAAUAUCAUCGUACUAUUAUCUCUCGCAUCAGAGCAUGCGACACUUUGCGGACACGCUACGGUACGAUAUGAGCUUCGAGGAACUACUUCGAGCAAUGGUAGAUGCCUGGGAAUUUGAGCAGCAACCCGUACGACACCACGAGGAUGUUUACAACACAGAACUUUCGAAGCUCUGUCGACUUAAAGUCGAUCCUCUCUCGGUGGAUAAUCCUCAUACCAAGGUCUUCCUUUUGAUGCAAUCCCACCUGUCCCGUUUACCAUUGCCAAAUUCUGACUACGGUACCGAUACAAAAUCUGUACUGGAUCAAUCCAUUCGAAUUAUACAGGCUAUGAUAGACAUAAGCGCCGAACGAGGCUGGCUGGCCAGCACCCUAAGGAUCCAACAGUUGAUGCAGUGCAUAAUCCAAGCGCGUUGGCUAGACGAUUCUGUUGUGAUGACUUUACCUCACGUUGAACCGCACAAUGCACAUGUCUUCAGUCACGUGCAAUUGGAUGCCCCAUUCCUUACGCUUCCGGCACUAAAGGAAAAAUGUAAUCGACGCUACGAAACCUUGGCGGGUCCAUUAAGGCAAGAGUUCGAAGAACCGGAAAUUGAACAAAUCUACAAAGUUAUCUGCAGUCUGCCGUCUAUCAACGUACAACUCUCAGUUCGCGGUCCCUACGGAUCCGAUGCAAGUGUCGACCGUUCCGUAACACAACCCCAAGCACGUGACACCUGGAUGGAGUUGUACGCUGAACAAGAGUAUGUACUGAACGUGCAAUUAAUUCGUUUGGGUAGCUUCGACACACUGAAUAUCCACUGCCCUAAGUUUCCCAAAGGCAAAGACGAAGGUUGGUUCCUGACGCUGGGUCAUCAGGCUCAAGGAGAAUUGGUUGCUAUGAAACGUUGCGUGUACCGAAGCAACAAAAGCUCACAUCAACUGUGUUUCGUGGCUCCUCGGCGGCUGGGCCGUUGUAUUUAUACGGUUUACCUCAUGUCGGAUGGAUACAUUGGUCUGGAUCAACAAUACGACAUUCACUUGGAGGUAGUUGCACCUCCACCCGAUAUACAGGAAUCUAUGGCAAAUGACAGUGAGGGAGACUAUUUUUCGCUUCAAAAGGAAAAAUUGUAAAUCAUUCAAUCAGAGGUCUUAUCUAAUAAUUCCACGCUAAGUUCGAUUAACGAAUAACCUAGAAGCUUAGCUCGAGCGAAAGUUAAGCGCAAAAACUGUAAUGUGAUUCGUUGUUGCGUAGGUAAUCUUUUUGAUCUUUUUACGCUGAAUUAUUUGUUUUGUAAGUAAAUAUAGAGAUAUUUAUUAUAUCUUGCCCAUAAAUCUAUUUCGUAAAGUAGAGCAAAAAGAAUUUAUAAAGUGGUUUUCAGCUAAGUAGAUGCACAUAGGAUGAUCAUGCAUAUAACGGCAGUUUAAUUGCUUAAAAUUUCCGCAUAAUGCAUUUUGCCUAUGUAAAUGCAUAAUACUAUAGUAAUUUUAUUCUAGAAGUAUUGGGCCAAGUUGGUUAAAGCCUGCA